UCUCUUUACCUUCACAUUAGCUUGCAACAAGCACGUGUGUUGAGGAACAGAGUAGGAAGUGCUCACUGGAUUCUUCAACAACUGCUGUUAUUAUACAACAUAUCUGGCACUUCCUUCAACGCUUGUGAUUGGUUAUAUAUUUAUUUUAACCUAGUUUAUACUCUAUAUUGACCAGUGAGAGGUAAAGAGGUAAACAAAUACACAUAAUUGUUGUCCUUUUUUGUUUUGUUAUUUCCUCCUGCUGUUGAAUAACUUCUUGGUGUUUAUUAAGCCAUAUGAAUAAUCAUAGAUUUAAUGUUUUGCCAGCACACUCCACGGGUGAAUGGUGAGAUACCUGAUGUAAAUGAUGCAACCUUAGACCAUGAGCGGCUGUCUGAAAGGUUGACAACAUAUGGUUUAGAAGAACUGCAAAUCGAGGGCGAUGGGAAUUGCCAGUUUCGAGCAUUAGCAGACCAAUUGUUCCGCAGUCCAGAUUACCACAAACAUGUGAGGAAGAAAAUAGUCAAGCAGCUAAAGCAUUUCAGAAAAUCAUAUGAGGGAUAUGUCCCCAUGAAGUACAGAAGCUAUUUGAAGAAGAUGAAAAAGCCAGGGGAGUGGGGGGAUCAUCUAACUCUACAGGCAGCGGCAGAUCAAUUUGGAGCCAAAAUUUGUUUGGUAACGUCUUUCCGGGACACAUGCUAUAUCGAGAUCAUGCCCAAAGACAAAAGUCCCACAAGAGAACUUUGGCUGAGCUUUUGGAGCGAAGUUCAUUACAAUUCAUUGUAUGCAACUGGAGAUGUCCCCACCAGAGUAGCAAGAAAGAAGCAUUGGCUUUUUUAAAUGUUUGACAUGCCGGCAUGAGAUCAAGCAUUGCCAUAUCCACUCUUCGUUUGUUCUCUAUACAUGUACAUAAUUUCCAAAUAAGCAAGCAACUAUAGAGUAUUUAACUAGCAAAUAUGUAACUUGAUAUUGAAUUCAACAUUAUAUAUUCAUAGUUUUUCUUUUAAUUCU